AUGGGAGAGUUUGUCCCCAGGGAGGUCGAGAGGCAGGUGGGCGCCUGGCAGGACGAGGCCCGGGAGCAGCUUCGUCGCAUCCUCGAGCGACUUGACCGUUUGGAGGGGCGGCGCUCAGGGCAGUCAGGCCAGCAGCAGCGAGGCAGGACCAGGACUAGGGAGGUUACGGGAGACGGACGCCUGGAGUCCGUCUCUCCUGUCCGUAGCCGCACUCCGCAGGGCCGACAGGGCAGCCGCUCACAGCCUACUCAGGGAGCGGGUGCACAGACUGCAGGGUCCCUCGUACCUUCCCUUUUCUGGCGCACCUGCGCAGCAGCAGUUCUACCAGCAGCCUUUUUUGGGGCCUUCUUUCCAGCAGCAGCAGUUUGGAGCACCCCUCCGGCAGCAGCAGUUUGGAGCACCUCCUCCGACCCCCCCACAGCCCCCCCUGCCACAGCAGCCUCCACAGGGUCAGGGGGAGCAGCAGGGGCAGGCGAGGCAGUAGAGGGAGUCGUGGGGGAGGAGGUCGGUCUUAGGAGGAGGAGUAGGCCACGUAGGAGGCUGGAGGAGAGUGACACCGACCGUCUUUUGAGACUGUUUGCUAGGCGCUCUGUGCAGGAGGUGGCGGACAAGCUAACUAACGUGGCUGUCCACAACCUUUCGCGCAGGCAGUUGUCAGAGGAUGAGCUUGCAGGCCUCGCCCUUGGCCUCAAGUUCAUCCCGACACCACCCUCCUUAGACCAGGAGCAGCUGAGACAGGCGGUGGAGCAGUUUCAGAGGAGGGUCAGGCUGGCUUGGCAGUUCCGGGACAGUCGCAGACCAGUACCCAGGUUCAGAGUCCCACGUCCCAGCUGGCAGCCGAGUUCGGGACCAGAGGAGGUUGAGGAGUACCUGGCCGGGGUAGCUGACAGGGUAGAGGGUUUGUCGGAGCUGAUAGGGGGGCCAGCGCGGCCCAACGUGAGCAGGAGGGUGUUGGGCGCGCUGCAGAGGUUGAGUCGGGACCGGUCUAUAGUUAUUAAACCGGCCGACAAAAACCUUGGGAUUGCGGUGUUAGACAGGGAGUGGUACGAGGGGGAGGCGCUGAGGCAGCUGGGGGACAGGGCGGUUUACGAGCCGGUGGCUAUGGUGCCGUUGCAGGGACUUUGGGGGCAGUUGUGUCGGUGGGCAGAGCAGGCACGCUUGGCAGGGUUGCCGUCGCAGGUGUUAGACUUUAUCCUGCAGCCGCGCACUCCGUGUUUGGAGCGGGCUACCAGGGCUUGGGAGCGGUUUCGGGUGUGCAGAUUCUACUUGCUACCGAAGCUGCACAAGACUCCAGUAGCCGGCAGGCCUAUCUGCUCGUCCACGCUCUGGGUUUUUGAGCAUGCAUCGGCAGUCUUAGACCACUACCUCCGCCCUUUACUACGGUUUUCACCCUCGCACCUUCCAGACUCACUUGCACUUUUGCACCAGCUAGAGGACCUUCGUGUGCCAGCAGAGGCUCUCUUCUUGACCUACGACGUUGAGAGCCUCUACCCGUCGAUCCCUAUCGACGCAGGUAUCAGCUGCAUCGAGAGGUGGUUGCUUCGGUGGGCAGCACAGGAGAGGAUUUCAGGGGGGGUAGCAGACACACUGGUGCAGCUGUUGGGGUUGGUCAUGAGGCAGAACCACCUCGAGUUUGGUGGUCGUUUUUGGCGGCAGGUUCGGGGGACUGCUAUGGGCACGCCUGUAGCAGUGAUCUACGCGGUUCUGUUCAUGGCUUGGUUAGACGAGAGGUUGCUAGAGACAGAGCCCGAGUUGUCGCAGCACGUCCUUCUCCACCGCAGGUUCAUAGACGACGGGGUGGUGGUUUGGACGGGGACACGGGAGCGGCUGCUGGAGUGGGUGGGGGCGUUUGGUGGGUUGGAGCAGACUAUUCGACUGACCCACGAGAUCUCCACCUCACAGUUCACCUUGCUGGAUAUCACGUUCAGCAAGGGAGAGCUCUGGCAGACGACGGCUAUCUUGGACACCACGACCUUCCAGAAGCCGCUCAACGUGUACCAGUACUUUCCUUUCUCCUCCGCGCACCCCUCUCACUGCAAGAGGGGCUUCAUCUUGGGUGAGCUGCAGCGGUACAUUCUGAGGGAGUCCAGUUCUCGAGGGUUUAGGAGUAUCAGGUCGGCCUUCUACGCUCGGCUGCGGGCGCGGAGGUACCCAGACACUUUCUUGCAGCCGAUCUUCAGCAGCAUCUCCUACGCACGACGCCCGGAGCUUCUUGCCAGGUCACGGGCUCGGGGGGAGGGGGAACAGGAGGCGCAGCAGCGGGUUCUCCCUCUUGUUCUCGACUUCCACCCGAGUGUGCAGCAGGUCCGCUGGGGUAGGUUGCUGGCCUUCCCUCCAGAGGCACCAGCGUUUGAGCAGCUUUCUCACUACAGGGCACCUUUCGUGUCCUACAGGGCACCUCCGUCGCUCCGACAGCUACUCGUGCGAGCGUCGUUCAGGUGA